AUGAUGAUGAAAAGAGGAUUUCAUAGUGGAUCCGCUAUGAUGAAAGGAGUUGAUAAGUUUGUGGUUCGCAACAGUACCAAACCGAUGAAAGAACUUCGGGGCAGUCCUACUAUCUACAACUCUACCAAUUCCAGUUCGAAUAGCAAAGGUUAUCUGAAGGCACAGAGAUUGCUAGAGCCGGGUUUGUACCUUAACAGAGCACAAUCCUCACCCAUGGGGUCUACUAAUAUCGAGACUAUACCACUUGGAUUCAUACCAAAGGAUGAUCCUAGAAGAGAGUACAUAAGACACUUGAAGUACCAGGAAAAGGACAAACAACUGAGCAAAUUGGCACCUCCAGUGUUGGUAAGCAAGAGCACUGUAGAGGGCAAGAAGUACCACUUACAACCGGAGGAUAUUAGUGAGAUCAAGAGGCUGAGACUCGAGGACCCAGUUAAGAACAACAGGAAAGCACUAGCUGAAAAGUUCGGCGUGUCACCACUGUUCAUAUCUAUUGUUAGCGAGCCACCUAAAUCACACAAGGAAGAGAUGAAGUCCAGGCUGGAAACUAUCAAAUCUAAGUGGCAUGCGAAGAGAGCCAUUGCUAGAAGCGACAGACAAAAGAGACAAGAGCUGUGGUAUAGGGCAUAA